UACAAAGAAACGUGAUCACGUAUCCCCGACCCCAUCGUCACUUUGCGUCAUUUUGCCGGGAAUGUGGGACCACGUGUCUCUACCGGCUCGCUCGUCCCUCCAAUGCGCGAUUCAUUACUUUUCAUUCCGAAACGAGUCGGUGCAGGGAGUUGCUGUUCUCGCAAGAUGGCGGUGCGGUGGGGAGCAAGCGAGGGCACUUUAACUGCGUGCAAUAUGGAUUUUUUAACUUUGGAUACACUAGAUGAGGCUGCUGGACUGAACUCUGGAGACACUCUGGAGGCCCUUCAAAGCUCCUUAGACCCUUCUAUCCUUUCUUUCUUUGAGGACACAGCAACAAUAGAGACUAAAGGGUUGGAUGAGGAGAGCGAGGCCACGCUGCUGACUGCCCUGACAGAGAUCCUCGACAAUGUGGAUGAUGAGAACCUGUCUCCGUUUGACACACUGCCUGACUCAGACCUGCUGUCAGGUCAGAAGGGCAGGGAACACUCUCCGCUCAGGCGAUUGCUGUGUAUGUCCAGAUCCCCUCCAGAAAAAGAUGCACUAUGUAGUGCAAGACCCUUAUUAGCCGGAAAGAGCCUCCCCAGGAUCCACCUAGACUCCCAGCAGAGGAGUGAUGGAGAGGAGGAAGAGGACAGCUCCCUCACUCUUAGCCCAGGUCGACUUGAUUCACCUCCUGACAAUGAGCUGCUAGACUGGGAAGGUCUUCCCAUCACCUUUGAGCAGGAGGGUGAAGAUGAUGUUUCAGUGAGUCUGGGGGAAUUGGUCAGGCAUAUGCACCCGUACUGCAUGGCCAUUUGUGUGGAGAAUGACAAGGGAGAACAGAUGCUGCCUGAAGGAGGCAUUUUACUUGAAGUUGUAGAUCAGGGGGAAAAUGGAGAGCCCAUUCUGGCCAUUCCAGACAUGAAUCUUCCAAUCUCUUUGCAACAGCCCUCAGAAAAUGAGCAGAAAUGUUCAGAUGUAGCAGAAGAAGUGUUCUCUGACAGUUCAGAGCAUAUAGUAGUUGAUGAUGAAGAUGUAACUGUUAGUGAAGCCCCAGUGAAAGUUGCAGCAGCUGCGACACCACGCCUAUGUUUAGAUGUGAAAGAUGAAAUGUCUGUAAAGACACACAAGGAAGAAAUUAAAGAGAAAAGCCCCUGCAGAAGAAAAAAGAAAAAGGAUAAGAAAAAGAAAAAUCUCCAGCAUGAAGUUGUGGAAGGAAGGGUCCUUCGAAGUGCCUCAGUAAAGAAGGCACCACAGGAACUGUUGAAAAAGGCUGAAAAAAGAUCACACAAUAAGAAGCAAAAUAACAUCUCAGUGACCCCUGCUGCUACAACAACUCCUACUUCAUCUACAAAACCUAAGAAACUAAAUGUAAACCAAACUGAAACCCAGCCGGAAACCACCACUACAGCAAUAUCGUCUGCCACAUCUGCACCGUCAAGUCAGGACAAAGUUCUGUUGAAUGCAAGCGUUGCGAUAUCUCAGUCUAGUUCUCCUCCAGUGUUGAGUUCUCUAAACCCUGAUGAGCUGAAUCAGUCGAUCCCAGAGGUUGAGAAGCUGGAGGACUCCUCAGCAGCUCCCUCUGCUGUCCUGUCAGCAACACAGGCAGACCACAUGUCUUCAGAUGGCUCGGCAGCUGCUCCUAGCCCCGCCUCAGCUGUUAGUGAUCCCACUCCCCCUCCAGCGCCUGCAGUCCCAGAACCUAAACCCAAGUCCCUCAGUCUGGCAGAGUACAGACGCCUCCGACAGCAGAAAAAGCCUGCGCCAGUGGAAAAACAGGAGAACUACAGCACCAAGUGGCCCAGCCUUCCAGAGCUCCCGAAAGAGCUCACCCCUAUUCCCUGCUUGCCUGACCCCAGCCCCAGGGACCCUCGCCGACCCCAACACCAGUCAGCAAAGAAGGAAGUGGAAGAGGUGAAAGCUGCCUGGCAGCCCCGUGGGCCAUGUGCUCCACCCACCCCUGAGGCGCUGUUGGUGCCACCAGCCUACAUGGUCGCCUCAUCCAACAAGGCUUCUUCUCCUAAACCCCAGCAAACACCAGAACCACAAACUGUGUCAACCCCUAAGCCUUCUCAGUCCCAGAAUCCUGCUGCAGUUUCUAGUUCAGUGGAGAAACUACCAACAGAAUGUGCCACUGUUCAACCUGUAUUGCCUUCUGUGCCUCAAAGCUCCAGUUCGCCAUCUGCUUUGAAACCCUCUCAGCCUGUGCAACAUUCAAAGGAGAGGAGUCCUGCACCUUUAGGAGACGAGGACGGAGUCACUAAUGGUCCAGACAAUCAGCCUGUAUCCUCAAAGUCUGUAAAGCUGCACUAUGCUGAAACCACUACAGAUGCAAUGAAACACGAUGCCCUGCUGCUGCUGUGUCAGCUCCCAGUGCCCCCCGCAUAUCUGCAGAAGCCCUCUAAAUCUGCUGACUCCAGAAGCCUACCCAGCUCUUCUCCUGGUUCUCCUCUCCCGGAGACCCAGAGUCUACAGGCCGAGCCUACCCCAACAGCUAAACCCACCAGAGCAAAGAGUCCCACACAGGAGCUGAUUGAGGCCUUCACCAGUGAAAUAGGAAUUGAAGCUGCUGAUCUUACCAGUUUGCUGGAGCAGUUUGAGGAAACCCAAGCCAAAGAGGAGCAUUGUGUACCGGAGGUCUCUGGUAGAGCAGCAGCUGUAGGAAACUCUAGCAAUGAGUUGGCUCCAGAAAAAACGGUUGUGGAGCGUGUGAGAGCUAAUGAUCUCUCAAGCACUGCAGCUCUGACCCCCCGCACUCCUCCCCAUCAGAUGUGGAAACCUCUGACCCCCGUGGCCUUGCUGGGGAAGAGCAAGGCUGCAGAAGCCUCUAAGUUGAACCCCUCCAGUAUCCAGAUUGAAGCACGGCCUCUACCCUUGGCUAAGACCCGCAGCAACCCACUCCUGCUGCCCCCACCGUAGACCCAGAAACUGGCCUGCUUGGACCAUGACUAUUGCCUCCCUAGCAAAACCACUUCCUCUGGAGAGCCAGGAAAGCGCUGGAAUGUCAAACAGCAGUCUUUCAUAGUUAUAAAGCCAAUCAAGCCCACUGCAACCACUACACAGGAGGAAGCAUCCUCCAUCCAAUCUACCCAAAACCUUACAGAUAUAGAGAGAACAGUCGUACCGCUCAGAGAGCCGUUGGAUGAGAGCCCCAUGGGAAUUGAGAAAAGCUCUGUGCUGGAGACCCCUGAUGCUUCUCCAUCACGACAGGACACCGAUACUGGUCUUGGAGAAUGGAGUCCCAAACGAGGGCCUUUUGGGAGGUCCUAUCGCCGCCGUGCAGCUUCUCGCACACCCAGCCCUGAAUCCAACUCCAGAGAACGGAGUGGAGGCCAGUCAAGGAAAAGAAGAUCCCGUCGAUCUCCCAGCCCUAUGUCCAGCGCCUCAGAGUCAGACUCCCAUUCCUCUAGCUCUAGGUAGAUCAGCUCUCCAUCUAAGAAAAGGUAUCGCAGACGUCACUCUGGAAGCAGUUCCAGGUCCUCGUCUCGCUCCUCCUCUCCAUCAUCUCCCUCUGUAUCCCGCUCCUCCUCCCAGAGGAGGAGGUACUCUUAUUCUUCUUCCCGUUCUGGUUCUUGGAGUCGCUCCAGAUCUCGUUCUCAGUCUCCUCAUAAUCAAGCACAGUGGAGUAGAAACAGAAGGUUGCACAGUUCAUCUUGUAGGCCUGUCUAUGGUCAGUGUGAAAAAAUGACUGUUGACAUGAAGAGACGCAAGGAAAAAGCCAUUGAGGAGCGUCGUGUUGUUUGUGGCCGAAUUCGGAGUACAAUGACCCAAAAGGAACUUAAAGAGCGUUUCUCUUUCUUUGGUGAGAUAGAGGAUUGCACCCUGCACUUUAGAGACCAUGGGGACAACUACGGGUUUGUGACUUACUACAACACCAAUGAUGCUUUUGUGGCCAUUGAGAAUGGAAGCAAGCUGCGCAAAUCUGAUGAGCUGCCAUUUGAUCUCUGUUUUGGAGGAAGGAGACAGUUCUGCAAAACCACCUAUGCUGACCUCGAUUCUAGUAGAGAGUACGAUCCAUUGCCUACAAGAGCCAAGUAUGAUGCACUAGACUUCGACACUUUAUUGAAGCAGGCCCAGCAGAAUCUGAAGAGGUAACAAGAGGCCCGCCGCCAGAGGCAGCAGAAACUUACCUCAGAGCUGACAGUUGGCUCCUCACCCGCAACACUGUCUUUACAUUUAGUUGUUGCAUUAGUUUUGUUUUUAUUUUGCAAGCUAACACCUUCUAUUGAAGUGAAGAUUUGUAAUGAAAGUAGGAAAAGAGGCAAAAAAAUGGCAUCAGUGAUAUACAGUAAUUUUUUAAAAGUUUAUUUAAAUGUAUUUUUAAAUCUGAAUUGUAUGGA